AUGCCCGCCACCGCACCCGUCACCAUCACCGAGUACGUGUGGCCGCGCGCCGUGCCCGAGUGGCUCGGCGGCGGCGGCACUCUCGCGCUCUACGCCGUGGGCAUCGCCUCGCGUUGGGCGGUGCCGGGCAGCUCGCUGCAUGCGCUGCUCGAGCGCUCGUUUCCCGGCGGGGCCGACACGUUUGUCUGGAUCGCGCACAAUGUUGUCUUUUGGCUCGCGGCGGCGCACGCCGUCGAGGUGCUGCUGUUUGACAGCCUGCGUCUGCGCCGGCAUGGCGUGCCCCGCUGGUCGGCGCUCUGGUGGAAGUGGGAGCUGAGCGUCUUCAUCGAGGGCAUCGGCGCGUGGGGUCGCAUCGGCAAGGUCAUUCAGGAGAAGCAGGCGCUGCUCAAGUCGAAAUAA